AUGUCGCGCGCAGGGCGUGCACCGCCGGCAGAGUACGACGGGGACGACCCGUCGCAGCAGGAGGAUCACACCAUGCGACCGCCCCGGUGGGUGCUGUGGUGGCGAGCGCACGCAUGGGUGGUGCGGGUGGCAAUUCUCGUUAUCGCCUCGCCGCCGCUGUGGGUCGAGCUGCUGGGGCUCCACUCGCCGGCCUUCACCGGCGUCAUGUGCCGCAUCACCUUCGUCAUUCUUCUCAUGGCCGGAUAUUGGAUCACGGAGGCGCUGCCGCUGGCCGUCACCGCUCUCCUACCACUGGCGCUCUUCCCCGUCCUGGGCAUCCUCUCGGCUGAAGUGGUCUCCACCAACUACUUCAACGACACUCUCUUCCUUCUCCUCGGCUCCUUCUUCGUAGCUCUGGCGAUGGAGGAAUGGGACUUGCACCGAAGGAUUGCGCUCAAGUUCAUUCUCUAUCUGGGCGAGAAGCCGCGCGUGAUCCUUGGAGGUGCGGCCCGCCCUCACCUUCUUGGACCUUCUUCGCGAUUCAUGGCGAUGACGGCGUUCCUGUCGAUGUGGCUGAACAACUCGGCCACCACCUCGCUCAUGGUCCCGAUUGCUCUGGCCAUACUGCACCAGAUCAAGGAGGCCACGGGCGAGUCCACACAACUUCUAAAACGGGACAAUCACACAUUCUACACUCUCGAGCGGAACUACACGAGCAGUGGGGAGCGCGAGACAAGUGGUGAUCAGCUGGGCAAUCCGGCAUCGAUAGUCGACUACGAGGACAGCAGCAGCGAUGACGGCGCCGGCGGGCCGACCGGCCGAUUGCAACACCUGAUCGACAGUCGCUAUCUCGACACCCCGGCCCAAGCCAAGCAGCGACAGCAGGUCAUCCACACCUACACCAAAGGUUUGCUCUUGGGCAUUGCCUAUUCAGCCUCGAUAGGCGGCACGGCCACCAUAAUCGUGGGACUGCUCUUCCCGGAGAUGGCCGAUGUCAUCUCCUUCUUCAACUGGAUGAUCUUUGCCUUCCCUCUCGCCGCUUUCUUCGUGGCGCACUACAUCAAGGUCGACACCCGGCAGCUCAAGGAGGCCUACCACCGCAUGGGUCCCAUGAGCUUCCCGCAAAAGGUCAUCCUGGUCGGGAUCUCCGACCUGGGAAUUCCAGGCUGGCAGCAGCUCUUCUCCCACCCGUCCAACUACAUAUCCGACGGGACCGAUCCCGCUCGCAACAUCCUCGAUUGGCAGCAAUGCAGCAAAUUGCCCUGGGACGUGAUCAUUUUGAUCGGCGGUGGUUUCGCCUUGGCGCGCGGCAUCUCGAGUAGCGGCCUCUCGCUCUACCUGGCACAAAAGCUGCAAGUGCUGCAACAGGUGCCGGUGUUCUUGAUGCUCUUCAUUAUCUGCUUCUUCACCGUCGGGAUCACCGAGCUCACUUCCAACUCAGCCACGGCCAGCAUGCUUCUCCCCAUUUUGGCCGUGAUCGCGGUGUCGAUCGAGCAGAACCCGCUGCUGCUGAUGAUUCCAGCCACCAUCUCGUGUUCGUACGCGUUCAUGCUUCCCGUGGCCACCCCGCCCAACGCCAUCAUCUUUGCCUCCCAACAACUCAAGGUAACGGACAUGGCGAGGGCCGGUCUGCUGGCCAACCUCAUUGGCCUGGUCUUGCUGGCCGUAGCCGCCUACUUCUUCAUCCCGCCCGUCUUCCUCUGA